AUGGAGAGCACUGGCAAGCGCAGCACCUUCGACAAUGCUGGGCGCCGCGCAAGGGGGGAAUAUGUCGAUGUAUUCGAACACAGUUCGGCACACAUUUCGGCACAUAGAUCGAUGAAGAAGGAUGGACUAUGUUGCUCGUUAGUACGGCCACGGUGA